UGUUACGCCUUGAAUGAAUUGUUGAGGUUGAGUUUGAGUAAUUUUUUUGUGGAGUGAAAGUUGUGAGUCGAUCGAUCGAUCGCACGCAGAUGGCCACCACCCUCGGCUGGCCCAUCUCAAUGUCUUUGACAGAUUGCUAGCAAAGACCGUGUGUUCAAUCGAUCCAUUUCUUCUUCUUCUUCUUCUUCUUAAUUAAUUACAAUUUCUCAGAGUGUAUAAUUAAUUAAUGGCGGCUGGGGUGGUAUACCUGCGCACUAACCGUUUCGAGGUGAAGCUUCAAGGCAUCACCUUCAAGAAGAAGAUCUUCGAAAAUCUCUGCAAAAUCGACUUCCUCUUCCCCGACGGCAAGACAUGGGAUGACCCUCCUGUCGUCGGCCUCGACGUUAUGUGCCAUCCCCGCGACCCCUCCAUCAUCCUCCUCCUCCUCUCCUUCGGCGUCGGCUGCCUCAUCCUCCGCUUCGGCGCCGGCGAAUCCCUCCCCGCCCCCAUCCACAGGUUCCUGGCCGACAAGCGGAUCCGGUUCGUCGGGUUCGGCAUUCUAGAGAAAACCGAGCUCUUCCCCUUCCACGAAUUAGGUCUGAGCAAGAGGCAAAUAGACAUCGGCUACAUCGCCGCUAGGGUUUUCAAGGACCCUAAAUACAAACGCUACGAGCUCGGCGACCUCGCCCGCAAGGUCGUCGGGAUCAAGAGGAUGGUCGGGCUGACCGAGUCCGCCUCCUUCGAGCGCCACGCGCAGAUCAAGUGCGCCAUAUGCCAGCUCUUCGUGACCAGCCUCAUCGCCAUGGGCAUGCUCCACAGAAAGAGGCUCCAAUCUCCCUCCAAGAAGCCUUCCUUCGCCAAAAAUCUCAAUUCUCUCCAACUCCUCGCCGAGGGAUGGUUCAAGCUUCCCGGCAGCAAGAACAUCCCACCGGACGGCACCGGCGCCGACGAAGCCGACGCCGAGAUCCGCGCACGGAUGGAGGAUCUCCUCGACGCCAAGCACCGAGAGGAUCCGUUCUCCGACUACUUCGCCGAAGAGUCUCCGGCGUAUUGGUCGGGAGGAGACAACGAGAAAGGCAACAACUCCGGCGACGACAAGUCGUCGGCGGGCGGCGGGAUGCAGAAGCCUAUAAAGGGAAUCCUCAAGUGCCCAUCGACAACGUUGAACCGGAGCGAGUCGUGUAGGUCGCCGGUGGGGGCUCUAUCGACAACGUUGAAUCGGAGCGAGUCGUGUAGGUCGCCGGUGGGGACUUUAUCGCCGUCGCCGAGUCAGAAACUGAAAAGGGCAAAUUCAAAAGGGUGCAACGUAAGGUUUAACUUCCAAUAGCCAUAGGUGGCUAGUUGAUUAAAUGAUUAGGCAACAAUAUCACUUUCCUUAAUUUGCUCUCGUCUAUGUAGAGUUGCUGCAUUUUUUUUUCUAACUGUUCCUUUAUAUUUUCAAACACAUUACCGAAAAAAUAAAUGUUCUACUAGUUGUUAUGGAACGUGCGCAUGGUACGUUGAUUUAUGUAGUUUGUUUUAUUUUUGAGGAACAGAUUAAUGUGUUUGGCUAAGAGAAGAGUUUUGUAAUCUGUAAUUUCUAUACGUUAUGAUUUAUAUUAAUCAUAGAAUUAUCUUUA